GCCUGACCAUCAGGAUGCUGCAAUGGUCAUAAGUGGGGGAAAAUGGUCCUAAGUCACUUUUUUGAGUGCCAUUGUAACUUUGACCGGUCACUAAACAAACUUACGUCGAAGACUACCUGUAUCCAGCUCGACAAACUAGUCUUCAGCAGCACACCUGCAUGGUCAGAUUCAGUAAAAAAAAAAAAAGCUAUUCAGAUCUGGAUUGAUUGAUUGAUUGAUUUAACAUUGAGCCUCUAAUACAGUUUUGGGCCAAUCUGGUUCACUUGUAGAAUUUGCUGCUGGUAUCUUAUCCAUCACCAACUGAUUAUUUAGAUUCUUCUGAAUUUUUUUGGGGGGGGGAUCAUGAAAGGUGGCUAUUGUUUGUAUACAUUUGCGUGAAUGGUGGAUUGUUGAUUCGGGCUGGAAAUUCCAAUUUUUUUUUUAAUCUGUCUAUUGGGGCUGCAAUGGAUCUUCACUGGCAGAAUGCAAUUAUUCAGCUUCAGCAAGCAUACUAAUUAUUGCGUUGGCUGCAUGCAUGUUGCACCAAUCUUGCUUAUGCAAUAUUUCCGGAGGAGAGGUGCAACUUGCUCAUUCACAUACAUAAUGUAUUUAGAAAAGGGGUACACAGGGCCUGCCAGGAACUGCUGCAUUCCAAGUCCCAUCUGUUGUGAUUCCUCACCCGGCAGCUGUAGCCUAAAACCACAUGGCCAGUGAUCAAAGAUGAAGAGUGUUGUUAUCCCUUACCUAUUUUAUAAGAGUUGGCUAUGAUUACCUAUUUUGUUAUCCCUUACCUAUUUUGUAGGAGUUGGCUAUGAUUCAGCAGAUUUGAAGUAUCUUUCAAAGCUUCAAUUGACAAUACAAUUGCUAACUUGAAAAAAAUAAAUAACCUAUUUUGCAAAGGUGGGUAGUAUAACCUUCAGGGCUAUAUGCAAUUUUUGUGCUUCUCGUCUCCACCUACCCCAUGUAUAGAAUAAUUCAUACAUGGAACAGUUAGCAUAUCUAAUUAUUGCCAUUCUCAUGGUAGCCUUUGCUGCCUUCUGCAAAAAUAUUAAGGCCAGUCCCAGCCACUCAAAUUUUACCCUUCCUGUCAUGGUUUCAGUCUUAUGUUGAAUAAUUCCACAAAGUAUUCUAGUUAGCAAUAUAAGUACGUGCGCUGGAUAUAUGCCAAGCUUAGUCAUGGGUUGCUCUGUGCUACUUUGCUGAAUGCUUCGUAGGGUUCAGAUUUUUCACUACGCAAUCAUAUAUUACAAACUAUAUCAAGUUCACAUAACAUACUGAACCAAGCAUAGCUUAGUAUCCCUAAUCUGUUACAUUAUCUUAAGAACUGUUGGGACUUGUACUUGGUAUAGUUUGAUCUGUUGAUUUUUGCCCAUUUUUUUUUCCAGGAAUGUAGACUGUUUAUAAUCUUUUGUGAGAACUACUUUGAAAUUGGAUGCAUUGCAUAGUAAAUGACAUGACUCAUGCAUUUAUAGAUCCUGAUCCAGUUGGAGAUCAGUUCAAUUUUUUUUUUUGUUAAGUCAACAAACUCCAAUUUUAAUUAUUUUUUUAUUGAAAAAUUGAAGUGGAGCCUUUUGUCUACUGCUACUGUGGCCCAGUGACCUUAGGUUUAUGAGGAAAGGUUCCCUGACGGGCUGUUUCCUAUAAGUGAAUCGUGGUGUAUUAAUGUUUAAUAGAGCAAUUGGAAUGGGCUGGGACAUCCAAAUUGGUGGGAGGUUCCCUUGUGGAGUAUCAGGGUGAUUAUUCACAGAAAUCCAGAGAAGUGUUAAGAAUUGGAGGAAGAUGGAAUGGAAGCAAGCAGAGGGGAGAAGGACCUGGUGAGAAGGAGUCAGAAAAAGGAAGAAAGAUGGAAUAGAAGCAACAAGGCUUCCAGAAAACUAGGACAGUGAGAGAACAGGAAGAAAUUUGGAGAAUGGUAGUCAUUUUGUAGUGGAGCUAAAAAGAGACUAAAGGUAAAAAAGAAACCAAUACACUUUAAAAUUUGUUGUGAGUGGAGGUGGACUUCAUGAGUGCACAAGUCUGGAUGUCUUUCCUUGGUCUUUGGUCUACUAAAGCAAGAAGGUCUGGAGAGUGAGAAGGACCCAUUGGAUUUUCUUCACUCAAAACUAAUUGGUCUGAGAAGCUUUAGGAGCAGAUUGGCCUGAGAAGAACCAAAAGCAACAGGAGGUGGUCCUUACCUGUUCUUCAUCUGGUGUCUUUUGCCCUAAUCCUUCCGGUUGCAAAGAUGGAUGAGUUGCUGGCUGUGAAAAUUGGCUGCCUGGUAGGAGUGCUGCUUAUCACUCUUAUUUGCGGCCUCAUCCCAGCCCAGAUCAAGUGGUUCCAUAUCAACAUGGCCAGAGGGAAGCAUCGGCGCAUCCUCAGUUUUAUUGGCUGCUUCGCUGCUGGGGUCUUCCUUGGUGCUUGCAUUAUGCACAUGGUGGCUGAUGCUCUGGGAGACAUUGACACAGAAAUAAGAAAACGACUGCACGUGGAGAGUGCCAGACAUAAAGAAAAUAGCACCCACACACAAACGGAUAAUGAUUCAGAGCUGUACCCAUACGGAGAGCUCAUAAUUUCAUUGGGCUUCUUCCUGGUGUUUUUUAUCGAAAGCAUGGUGCUCCACUGUUGCCCCCAAGCUGUUCACUCACAUGGCAACAAUGAAAAUCAUGAGGAUCACAAGGAGCUCCCACCUUCUCACAGUUCCUUCCGGGCAUUUAUACUCUUCCUGUCACUGUCCUUUCAUUCAGUCUUUGAAGGACUUGCCAUUGGUGUGCAAAAAGAGGCCACAGACACCAUCCAACUUUGCCUGGCCGUGCUCAUCCACAAAGCCAUCAUGAGUUUCAGCUUGUCUUUGAAGCUGGUGCAGAGUAGCACUAGGCUCCAAUGGAGGAUGCUCUACCUGGUGGUCUUUGCUCUGAUGUCUCCUAUCGGUAUCAGCGUGGGCAUCGGCGUCUCUCUUUUCAAUGGGGAUGGUAGCGGUCUGGCUCAAGCAGUCCUUGAAGGGGUGUCAGCAGGAACUUUUCUCUAUAUCACAUUCCUGGAAAUUCUUCCUUACGAGCUGAGUUCACAUGAAAGCCCUCUCAUCAAGUUCCUUUUUAUCAGCCUAGGCUUCUCUAUAAUGGCUGUCAUUGCCAUUUGGGCAUGAAACAUUGCUCAUGCUAAGGAACCUGGGAAACCUGCCUUCCAGGCUACCCAUCAGCCAUUGUCGAUACACGGACCUGUUCAUUUUUGUCUUCUCUGGCACUUUGUGUUGUGGACACUUAAUGCCGCUUAUGCCACCAUACUUGCCUUGAGUGCUACGACAAAAAUGUAGUAAGAAGAGAAACCUAUAACAAUCCUCCAAGGAAGUACAAGAGAAAACUCAGAGAUCUAGAUAAAAAUAGUUGACCAUGACAAAUGAAGACCUCAGAUGGACUCAUUUUCACUUCCUGAGCUACUGGAAGGCUGUAAUUCAAUCUUCUCAGUCACUUGUCUUCCAUAAAACUGAAGACUGUAGAGUAAAACAAAACAUUAACAAGAACAAAAAAACCAAAAUGGAAGAAGCAGAGCUUUCUGCAGUGGAGGUAAAUGAUGAAAACAGUGUUGUAUUGUCUCAACACAAGUGCCACCUGUAUCUACAUGUGUCAUGCUGCUGGAUGGAUGCACGAAAGGGGCAUAGCUACUACUAUCAUAAUUCUGUGAAACAUCUUGAAAACAUCUCUGAGAAGAAGGCAAUAACUACUAUCUUAUUAUUGCUAAGUCCAUGACUUUGCUGGAAGAAUAUUUAAGGGUUGGGAAUGGGAUGUAAACAAAAAAUUGAAUGGCCCCUUCCUUUUUUAGGAAGUCAAAUAAAGAGAAGACAGGCCAUUAUACCUGGAAUGAGAAAAGGAAAGGUAAAGGAAAUGUUAAUUCGAUAUACUUUAAAAAAUAACACAAAAAACAUUUUCUGGUAAACAUUGCUUCUGUAAUUAAACAUAAGGACAUA